AUGAAAAUAAAUAAUUUAAUUUCAGGGGUAGGUGCUGCUUGGAAAGCUGCAAAGGUGGAAAUUGGAACAAGAGUUGCUAUAUUUGGACUAGGUGCAAUGGGGCUAGCUAUUGACGAGAGAGCAAGGCUAUGUGGAGCUAAAAGGAUCAUUAGAGUUGAUUUGAACCAAUACAAUUUUGAAAUACGAAAGAAAUUUGGAGUCACUGAUUUUGUGAACCCACGAAACAUGGGGACAAAACUAUUAGCCAGUGGAAAAUCAAUCAUGGGUUCUCUUUUUGGAGGUCUAAAACCAAAAUCUGAUAUCCCUAUUCUCAAAAAAUGUUGCAUGGAUAAGGAACUACAGUUAGAUGCAUUUGUGACACAUGAGGUUGAGUUUGAAGACAUCAACAAGGCUUUUGAUUUGCUUCAUCAAGGGAAGAGCUUGCCUCAAACUUACGGUUUAAGGCAAUUUUGUUUUUUUAGGUGUUCUGAUCAGCUAUGA